CUUGAAACAACUACCUUCAGAAAUCUUGUUCACAACUUGAGCGAGGUGAGAGAACUUGUGCUUAGUGGAGUGAACAUGACAUCUGUUAAUCCUCAUUUCUUCAUGAAUCUCUCUUCUUCAUUGACUACUCUUGAUCUCUCGGAGAGUGCAUUAAGAGGAAACUUUCCAAAGAGUAUUUUCCGCUUUCCAAAUCUCAAGAAUUUUUAUUUAAGUGGAAACUGGAACCUCACUAUUGAUCUUCCAAGUUCCAAUUGGAGCAGUCCUCUCCAACGGUUGUAUUUAGGUGACAUGGAUUGCGGAAGGCGAUUGCGAGAGUCUAUAGGAGAUCUAAAGUCAUUACAGUAUCUGUUUCUUCACUGCAACUUUGAAGGUUCCAUUCCAGCUUCCAUAGGGAACUUAUCUCAACUUACUCUCCUAGCCCUCUAUUCUAACAAUCUUAGCGGACAAAUCCCAUCAUCACUUGCAAACCUCACCCAACUUACCUAUCUUGAAAUUUCCAAUAAUCAGCUUUCUGGUCCCAUUCCAGCUUCCAUAGGUAACUUAAGGCAACUCACUGGGCUAUACCUCAUUUCUAACAAUCUUAGUGGACAAAUCCCAUCAUCACUUGCAAACCUCACCCAACUUAGUAGCCUAUGCCUCUCUUCUAACAAUCUUAGCGGACAAAUCCCAUCAUCACUGGCAAACCUCACCCAACUUACCUCUCUUGACCUUUCUUAUAACUUACUUAAUGGCACAUUGCCACCUUGGAUUUUCACCCUACCUUUGUUAGAGUACUUGUAUCUCAUUCAUAACCAAUUUCAAGUGCCUGACAUGUUCUCGGCGCUUCAAAAUCUUGCAAUUCUUGACCUUUCUCAUAACAACUUAACUGGGAAGAUUCCAAAUUGUCUUCCUAAGUCUCUCUCAGUGUUGAAUUUGCAGGCCAAUUACUUUGAUGGAAAUAUACCAUUUGGGUUUCCAGAGGGCUGUGGAUUACGAAAUCUCAACUUACAUGGAAAUCAAAUGGACGGCUUAUUACCAAGGUCUUUGGUGAAUUGUAGCAUGUUAGAGGUUCUAGACAUUGGCAACAACAACAUAAGUGAUACAUUCCCUCAUUGGUUGGAAUCUCUACCAGACCUUCAAGUGCUUGUCUUAAGGUCCAACAAGUUCCAUGGUUCUGUGCAGAGCACCAAAGAAAGUCCAUCUUUUCUCAGGUUACGAGUUCUGGACCUCUCCAACAACUAUUUUGUUGGUGCUUUGCCUGUUCGGUACAUUGAAAAUUUUAAUGCGAUGAUGGACCCUCAUAAAGAUGGUGGUUCCCCUGAAUACAUGAUGAUGCCGACGGCAACCAAUUCUUAUCAAUAUUCACUGGUUGUGACAUGGAAGGGAUUCGACUAUGAGCUGCAGAGAAUCUUGACCGUAUUCAGUAGUAUUCAUCUCUCAAAUAACAUGUUUGAGGGAGAAAUUCCGGAUGUUAUUGGAAAGCUUAGUUCUCUCAAAGGGCUUAAUCUUUCUCAUAACAACCUUACUGGUCAUAUCCCACCGUCACUAGGGAAUUUGACGAAUCUGGAAUGGUUGGAUCUCUCUUCCAACGAGCUGACGGGGAAAAUUCCUGAUGCAUUGAGCUCUUCUGAGAUCGUUAAGUGAAAAAACAAUGAUCUGGGUGGUGACCAAUGUGAGGUUUUAGGCCUGGGUUUGGAGUCUCUGAAGAUUUUGCUGAAGUGGGGGGUCUUUCUAGGGGCAAUGUUUUGUGGUUUUUUGGUUUUCUGGUGCAAGAGGGUGCUUGCGGUGGAGGAAGUGGUGAAUGCAAGGUACGGAGUGAUUGAGCAGUGGGCAUUGUUGUCGAGGAAUGCGUGGCCUAAGGUUUCUAUGGUUUGUAAGAUUUUCAAAGACCAAGGUGUGAUUCUGACCGCACUUUAGGUCUAUCUGCAUUAUUCUCAAUGGCAGAGACUUCUAUA